AUGGCAACUAAGGUGAUUUCAAAACAACUGCAGAGCAGUCCCUCCAGAGCCAACUCCACAAAGCAAAAGUUGGCCUUGUUUUCGUUUGGGUCUGAGGAUUUGAGCGAAGAGCAGCCAAGCAGCCAAAACUCCGACACACACAACAUUGCGGCUUCGGAUAUCGAACAGGCUUCAUCGUUGUCUAACCAACCUUUCAGCGGCAGUGGCAAGUUGCCCUCUUUGGAGUCGAAAGAUUCCUGCAUUUUCGAAAGAGACUGCUGUUUUUUAAACCCACAAACUGACAGAUCAAACUCAAUCUCGUCGUUAUCAAACUCAUUCCACAAUUUCUCACAACCAGCCACCGCUUUUUCCAACCCAUCGCAGAGAUCGAGAUCUUCUACCCACAACUCAUCCAUCUCGAUGAACACAUCAAACUCACCAACCAGCAAUCCCUUUCAAACCUAUUUCAAACACGAAGACCUCAUUCCACCAGCGUUGGAUGCAACUGCCCACAUCUUGAACAAGGAAGAUGCAAACUUGGACAAUGUCAAUAUGGUUUACUCGAGCAGAAGAAGCUCGUCUGUUGUGGCACUCAACAUGGCCUUGGGCAGACCAAUGUCGCCAGCAUCUAGGAAAAAUUCCAUCUACAAUACUUCAUUCACGCAAUUGGACAAGUUGUCCAAAAAGCAGCUGGAUGAGACAAACUCGAGUGUAGCACCAGCAUCAGCUCAAUUGCAAGCACAAUCACCAGCACAAGCGCAAGCGCAAUCACAACCACAACCACAAGCGCAAGCUCCAACAUCGCCCUUGAGUCCCUCUCAAGCCUGUGCUCCACAAUUGAAACAUUCCAAAUCGCAAGUGAAUUUCUACUCCUAUGCGGAAAUGAUCAAUGAAGAGAGCCAAACGUUGAGAAGACCAACAAUGAGCAGAGCCAGUGUUUCUCAGGGAAUGUUGCCCACUUUGAGACAGGGCAAGUUUUCAACUACUCCUAGAAAGAGAAACACGUUGAGCUACUCAAACUCUCUCAAGGGAAAAUCAUUGAACCAAUCAGCACCUUCAGCACCAACACAGCUGGGCAAUUUGUACAAGUGUUUCAUCAAGUCCAAAAACCCAAAAGAUGAUGAUGACAAUGUCAGCGACAGCAACACCGAUAACGAAAGCUUGAUUAGUUGUUCAGUUGCCGAUUGCAUAAGAGGAGCAACUACCGAAAUCAGUGGCCACUGA